UGCAGCUUCAACCCGCCUGCAGAACGAGUCUCCGAGGGGAAAGCGAGGGAAGAGGCGCAGUGGAAAUAGGAGGCGGAGGAGGGGGGCUCUUGUGUUUCAAGAUCAGCAGCAAAAACAAAAAACGUAUUGAAAGCAAGGAUAACGUGUCGAUUAGCAAAAGCAGAGGGUUACAAAAAAUACUACUACAACAACAACAACACCAACAGGAGAGCAGCUAUACUCCUGUAUCGGAAAAUGGAGCUGCCCGCCGCGGGAGAGCACGUCUUUGCGGUGGAGAGCAUCGAGAAGAAGCGCAUCAGAAAGGGGCGGUUUGAGUACCUGGUCAAGUGGCGAGGAUGGUCUCCAAAAUACAACACGUGGGAACCAGAGGAAAACAUCCUGGACCCAAGACUACUUGAUGCUUUUCAAGACAGGGAACGCCAAGAGCAGCUGAUGGGAUAUCGCAAGAGAGGACCCAAGCCCAAGCACCUUCUGGUUCAGGUGCCUUCUUUCGCCCGAAGAUCCAGUCUUCUAGCUGGUCAUCACGCGGCGUCCCUGGACGAGGACAGCUGUCAGAAGACCGGCCCCAUCCAGCUGCUCCGUCCCCAGAGCCAGCAGUACCAAAUGAACGGCAAGAAGCAUCAUCAGUACCAGCCGCUGUGCAGGGAGCGAGAGGCGGAGCAGCAACAGGCCAACGGCAAGAAGUUCUACUAUCAGCUCAACAGCAAGAAGCACCACCCCUACCAGCCAGACCUCAAGGACCACGAGGCCGUGUUUGUUAAGCCGCGGGAGUUAAAAGCAUCCGAGCUGGCUAACAAGGGUUACAACCUUCCCCCAGUGCUGCAGCAAAAGUGGGUCCGGGACAAGGAGUCUGGCUGCCUGACUAAGGUCAAAGAUAUCGCCAUGGAGCUGAAGAAGCUCCCAGCUGACCUGAACGGCCACCAAGAGCCGGAGAGGGUGGGGCCCAAAGAGGACGCCGCACCGCAGUCCAACGGUGCCAGCAACGGCAAGCUGAAGAUCGUGAAGAACAAAAACAAGAACGGCCGGAUUGUUAUUGUCAUGAGCAAGUACAUGGAAAACGGAAUGAAAGCGCCGAAGGUUAAAGACGGUGAUUCUGAAAGCGGCGUGGAGCCGCCGCGAGGAACCGACAACGGCACGGAGAACCACCUUGAGAAGAUGAAGCUGGUCAGGAAGCUCGGCCUCAUGAAUGGAUUAGCAAAAAAUUCCAAAGACAAACCAACAGUUGUCAGUUCUGGACUUAACAAACGUUGCCCCCAAGAAAAGGAACCGUCCCCCAAAACGGAGCCAACUGUGCUGGAUAAACAGGACAAACAUGGCGGGGUCAGAGGGCAGAGGCAGCUUCCGGCGGAUCAGCCUUUACGAUUGGCAACGCAGCUUGAUCUGCCCUCGGACAGGGGAGGAGCCUCCCCAUUGGACAAAGGAGGAAGCCCGGGCGGAUUUCAAGGACUGAAGCGGCACCUCUCUGACAGCGAGGUUCACGGGAGUUGUAAGAGGUCUUUGAGCUCCAGGAGUACGGGCGCUCUCAACGAGGCGUCCUCGCCCACCAAGAGCCUCGGCGUCGACCACAACGGGCCGCCGAGUCACGUCGGGCCGCAGGACUGCGGGUACGCGGACCAGGAGGAGCCCAUCGACCUGAGCGUUGUGAAGUCCAGGCCCAGCGCGGCCCAGCCGGAAACGCACACGCAACCUCAGACCGCGAGACCAGCCGAGGCGCGCACACAGGACGAAACGGACACGCAAGCUGACGCCCGGACAGACGCUCAGCGUGAAACUGAGAGGAAUGAGGAGAAUGUUGACUCAUCUUCCGAUUCUGACCACGUAAAAACAAAAGAAGACCCAUUUCCGUCUUUCCAGCCUUUCCUCGGGAAUAUAGUGAUCACGGACAUUACUACGAACUGCCUCACGGUCACAUUUAAGGAAUACAUCACCGCGUAACCGAGUUCUGUAGCUACUGUGAAGAUGUACAUAAGAUAUAUUUGUAUUUUCGGAUCUUUGAAUGUACAAAUGGACCCAUGGCGUUGCUUUUGUUUUUUUCCAGUUUAAAUUUAGAAAAGAAAAUUAUCAUUUAUUGCGUUAUUUGCAUAUUUUCUUACAACUCCGUUAUUGCUGGAAAUCUACAUGUUGCUGUUUCAAACUUGGCCAAAUGUCUGAACUCUGAAGAUGCACUUAACUCUUGUAAAUCUUUGUCACUUUUCUCUGUAUGUAAUUUAAUCAUACGCUCAACUGGCCGCAUCUCAGAAAAUGUUUAAACAAAUGUAGGCUUUAUGGAGAAGUUUGUCAAGGAGAAAAAUCCUAUAGAAACAUGUUAAAUUCCACUGUGUGUGUGUGCGUGUGUGUGUGUGUGUGUGCGUGUGCAGAUGACAGAUUUAAACAAGGAUGCAUGCUGUUUGGACAGAUAAUGCCAUUAGGGACACUUAAACAAGCAGAUAAAGAAAAAAAUAAGCGCCUUUCUGUCAAUAAAUAAUUUGCGAUGUUUAAAAGGAAAAAUGUGAUCAUUGUUAAAUGAAAUGUUUAGUUGUUAAUCUUUGAUAUAUGCUCUUUUCAGUGUUGGGGUUUUUUUUUUUUAGUCUUGCAUCUCGAGAUCUGAUUACUGAGCACAAGUCACUUCCAUUAACACAGCAGACACACAACCCCGGAACUCUUUUAUGUUUUGUAGCUGUGACAACAAAGUGCUUCUUUGACUGGGAUUGAAUGGACUUGUCCUGCGGUCUUGUUUGAGUAACUUUUGCGUCAUUGCGUUAAUGUGAAAGCACACGUAUUUCUAACAAUCAGAUCUGUUCCCUUUGUCACUCGUGCUCCAUCUCCUGUUUUUAAAUCCCUUCCAGCACCGUGUGACCUGAGGUGCACUGAACUGCUUUGAGAACCACCAUCAGGUGCAUUUUUGAUUAUUU